AUGUCAUCUGUCGGCGUUGCAGGUGCCCAGAUGGCCCACGUUCAUGGACCCCUCGCCAGGACUAACACGGCGCCAGUGUUCUCGACGAGAAGCGCCGGCGGCAGCAUCAGCAGCACCAACGGCCUGCCAGGCUUAGGGCAAACGAUGAGCCACAACUCUCGCUCGUCGCAGCUGUCAGGCUCGACGGCAUUCACUUCGUCGUCGACGACCUCUUUGUCCUCGAUGACAAGCUCGGCCACGCUCGUAGCACCGCAAUCAAUGGCACAGCCGAAUGGGGGCCCGGUAGUCGCAACAAACAAUAUCAUUAACCAGAGAGCCGACGCGUCCCGGUCCCUAUACCAGAUAUGUGUGAUGUUGCGGCAACGACUCGCUCAAGUACCCGGGUUCGACGAACAUUUGACGGACUCAGAUAACGAAGAUGAAGGGGAGGAGAUGGACCCCGUUUCUUCUCUGUGGAGAUGUCUGCGGAAAGGGACUCCGUUGUUGACGAUAUACAACUCUCUUCAACCCCCGGAACCCCUACGGCUUGACGAAAAGAUUGCAGCAGACCCAAGAAAAGUGCCCAAAGGCGCCGCGUUCAAAUUCGUUAAAGCGUGCUUAGAAGGAGAUCUACAACUGCAACCUGGCGAGUGCUUUUCACUUCAAGACCUUUUUGGUGACGACACUACGGGUUUCGUGAAAGUCACCCAAAUCAUAAACAUCGUCCUCGAUGCUGCAGAGCAGCGUGGCCUACUCAUGACUUCUGAGAAAGGUGAUGCAGCUCCCGCAGCCAUGCCGGGAGGGAAAAUGAGCUACCGAGACCACGUCGUUCGAGAACUGGUGGACACCGAACGCAAAUAUGUCCAGGAUCUCGAGAACCUACACGAGCUGAAGAAAUCGAUUGAGCAGAAAGGGGUGAUUCCUGGAGAUGUGGUACACGACAUAUUCCUUAACAUCAACGCAAUACUAGAUUUCCAACGCAGGUUCCUCAUCAAAAUCGAAACGACGAACUCUCAACCUGAAAGUAUGCAACAGUGGGGGAAACCAUUCACGGACUACGAAGAGGCCUUUGGCAUCUACCAGCCCUUCAUUGCAAACCAGCGGAAAGCAGCCGCGAUUGCGAUGCGGCAGUUCGACAAGAUUUCAUUGGCAGAACAUCCAGUUGUUGUGGACUUCAAUACUUUAGACGGAUUUCUCCUCAAACCUAUGCAGCGUCUCGUCAAGUAUCCCUUGUUGCUGAAGGAUUUGCGUGAUAAGACCGGUGCUGAUGAGCAGACGAAGGAGGAUUUGACCCGUGGAAUUGAAGCCGCCAAUCGAGUCCUGACGCAAGCGAAUGCAGCAGUCGAUCGAGAAUUACGAAGUGAAGCCCUGGAAGAUCUCUGCGUGCGCGUGGAUGAUUGGAAGAAUCACCAAGUUGAUAACUUCGGGGAAUUGCUGCUACACGGGCAUUUCCCAGUUGUUACAGGCAAGAGCGAUGUGCAGAAAGAAUAUACUAUAUAUCUCUUUGAAAAGAUCCUACUCUGUUGCAAGGAAGUCAACCCGAACAAGUCCAAAGACAAGCUUAUGGGAGCUCAAAAAGACAAGAAAGACAAGAAGGAUAAGAACAAGACCAAGGAGCCGAACAAGAAUGCAAAACUCCAGCUCAAAGGUCGGAUCUUCAUGACCAAUGUUACAGAAGUCUUGUCUCUCGCGAAGCAAGGUUCCUACACGGUUCAAAUCUUCUGGAAAGGCGACCCUGGGGUUGAGAAUUUUAUCAUCAGGUUUUCGAACGAGGAAACGAUGAAGAAAUGGUACGCGGGAGUCGAUGGACAGCGAAAAGAGUAUGCCACCUCUUUGACAAUGGGUAGCAGUCCAGAUGGCGCACCUGCAGAUUUUGCUUGGAUGCGCGAUCAGACCGCCCCAAUACCAAAUCCUUAUGCCGAGAAGGAGGAUGAUGACGAGGAUGAUGAUUUACCCCAACAUAACUAUCCACCACAACCAUCACAGCCGAACUCCACAUAUCCGGGACCUGGCAUGACGCGCAAUCCGUCCAGUACAAGCCUCCGUUCAAGGUCCACGACUGGCGAAAGCACGCAGUCCCUAGCUGGAAUUGCCAGAGCACCUCCGCCAAGGUUUCCAAUGGGAAUGCAAAAUCAAGCCCUCAGCCUGCAGACUAAUAUAUCUUCUCAGAUGCCUUCACCUAGUCAACGAGGAGGGGAUUCGUACUUCUCCCCUGUUGCGGAGUCUCCUGUAUCAUUGCGAACGAGUACGACAUCAUCAAUGUUCCCAUUCCCUCGGCAAGGUACACCACAGAGUGGUUGGGAGGAGCACAAUCGAUACACAGCACCAGCAAUGGCCCGUGCGCCAUCCCGAGGUAGCCAGAAUGCAGCAGAUGCCUAUCAGGUGAAUGGCCGAAAUCCACAAAGGCCUUCACUUCCAGCCAUGGGACUGCAGUCAUCACAGGCGAGUGUAGCACAACAACGAAGCCGAUCUUACAGUACUCCUGACGUCAACGCUCAGAACGGAGGCAGGCGGCUCCCAAACGGUACCAUGAGCGGCCAGGUACCAGCAGUUCCGGGAAUUCCACCGCACUUGCAUCCAGCGUAUGAUGGAGGCAUUGCUCGUUCUGCAAACAACUCCCCAAAUGGACUCCCGAUGAGGUCCAAUACUCAAUCACCUGGAACUCAACGAGAACGAUUGGCACAAUCAAGCCAGUACCCGAACGGAGCACAAUAUAGCAGGGGUAACACGACUCAACCGCCGAUAACCUCAGUUGAUGGUCGGACAAUGUCUCCUCCGCUUGCCACCUCGAUGUCCGGAGACGACGGUAUGGCACUCCCAACGCAGCUGAAAGUUAAAGUAAAUUGUGAUGGCAACUACGUCACCCUCGUUGUGGCAUUCAAUAUUACCUAUCAAUCACUCAUUGAUCGAAUUGAUGCCAAAGUUGGACGGUUUUCAAACAACGCCAUCGCUCGAGGAACGAUGAGGUUGAGGUACCGCGAUGAGGAUGGAGAUUUUGUUACCAUUGAGUCGGAUGACGAUAUUCAAAUCGCCUUCCAGGAGUGGCGAGAGUCGCAAAAGCUGCAAUACCACACCGGACAACUUGGUGAGAUUGAGCUCUUCUGCCUUAGCGUCGACAAUUAG